ACCACCAGACUACGCGAACACAAGUUUAUCUCUCUCGGCCCACUUUCUCUCUUGGGUGAAAGUGCAAACCUUCUUCUUCCGAUUAAACAACAAGUCCGUGUCUCAUUCUCCUCUAAAAAAAUCCAUUACGGCGAACAACACCCCGUUCAUUACAUUGUCUUAUCAGCCAUUCCAUCAAUUAAUUUUGCCACGGAAGAAGAGAAUCCGAUAUCAAUUUCUAACUAGUAAGUAGCACGAUUCCCAGAUUAUCUGGGUAAUCCACUCCAGAAUUUUCUUCCUCUCCUUAAAUUAAAUUAAUCCAGUAGAAUCCACUCUUUCUCUCUGUUUAGUUUAGUUUAUGUCAAGUAAAUUAAAAUCGGAGUGAGAUUGAGAGAACCGAAGAGUUUAGAAAGGGCAGAUUCAUUUCCAACUAUUUAUUAUGGAGUAAAGUUGGAAAUAAGUCGAAUCCAAGAGAUCAAGAAGCACGUACAAAUUGAGACGUCUCGCAAAAGUUGGCAACUUUGGAGAAGGAAAUAAAUGGUGCAAGAUAAGCAAAAAAUCUGCCGCUAAUCGAGCCAUCAUGAUGACGAUAACCACAUAAGAAAAGAUAACAAUGCGCCACGUGACGGAUGAACAGAAGCAGAAGGGACAAAAAUAUUAAAUUCCUCGCCACAUCAAUUGACUCCGAGAUACCGCAUCACUUCCUCCCAGGCGAUAUAUUUCGCCGCGCAAAAUGAAGAAUAAAUACAAAAGUGGGUGAAAAGCCAAGCCAAGAGAGAUAACUUUCACUCCAAAAAGGAAAAAAAAGAUUGCCUGGCACCACUUUCUCCCAUUGUGCUUUCACUCUCUGACCCUUCGCCCACGGCUUAGUUGACUCUUCAUACAUCCCACUUACUUAUUUGGCGUCCUCCUACAAGAACAACACGAAUACUUAUCGAGAAAAAGAGCAGCCAGCCAAACGUCAAUCAAUCACUGACUCGCGAGUAAAGUGAAAGCUUUGACACACUUAAAGACAAAGACCUUUCACUUGUCAUCCUAAGAAUAAAAAGAUGUCAAACGAGAUAAUAGUCUCAACUCGGCACUAGUACCGACACCAUUUUACGUAACACUUUAUCCUCCUGUGCCCUGUUUUAAAUUCGCCUUCAAAAAGUUCCGAGGCCGAUCCUGCUACAAUCCAAACCACUCAAAAGACUUAGACGGAGAGAGGAUUAUUAAAAAUUCUCGACUUGUCGUCGCAUCCCCCGCUUGGGUGUUUUAUCUGUUGACCUUAUAAAAGAGAAGUGAAGGUGUGCAGAAAAUACUGAUUUGUGAGUAAAUCAAGGUCGGAUUUUAGCCUGAUACCAAAUAAAAACUUGAAGGGAGUGAAAGUUGUCAAGUUUUUAAAGAAUCGAUUUCUUCAUUUUUUGAUCUGUUGACCUUAGAAAAAAGUGGAGGUGUGGAGAAAAUACUGAUUUUUAUAAGUAAGUAAAUAGCAGAUGGAUUUUUGUGUGAAAAAAUCAGAGUGAAAGUUGUCAAGUUUUUUGAGGAUUCGAUCCAUUCUUCGUCAGCGUUUUCAUCCCAGAGAAAAUUGAGACUUUAUUAAAGACACUUUAAACCAGAGAAAGUAGUGUUCUUUGAGUGAAAGCAAUUAAAGCAAGAUUUCGACACCGCUGUCGACACAAAUCCUACCCUGAAACAGAAAGAUCAUUAUCUAUUGUGUGAUUAUAAAUAAUUAGUGCUUUUCUCUUCCUUCAACAUCAUUAUAUUUCAUCAUUGAUUUAUCUAUCACUGCUUUAUUACUACGCAGUGAAAGUGAGUGAAAGUUGGUGUUUGUACUGAUAUUGUUUUAUGUGUAGUACGAAAUUCUAAUCAAACCAAAGUAGACAGCACGAUGUAUACGACUAGGAGCAACAUUCUUCGUAUCGUACUCGUCAUCAGUGUUUGUUGCGUUAUCACGGCUCGGUCAGAAAUGGGAGAGACACACGGUUUUAAUGAGGAGUUUUCCUACCUGAGAAGCAACAGGGAGAAUAAUAAGGACUCAAUAUUGAUUCUGGGCGGAUUGGACUCUGGCAUGCCCCCGGAGGAAUUUGUAAUGCCGAACGUUACCUCAGACCUGCUUUCUCUCUGGGAUAAUUCGACCGGAAAUGGCUCCUCGGACGGGGCAGGGCCUUCCUCCGACGAAUACGUCCCUUACAGCUUGCGACCAGAGACGUACAUUAUCCCCGUUCUUUUCGCCAUCAUCUUCAUCAUCGGCAUGGCAGGAAAUGGAACGCUGAUCAUAAUUUUCUUGAAACAUCGCACCAUGCGAAACGUCCCCAACAUGGCAAUUUGGACCUCUCUUGGCGAUAGGUAUAUCGUAUCCUUGGCCGUCGGAGAUCUCCUCGUCAUCCUGUUCUGCGUCCCGUUCACGUCCACCGUGUACACCGUGGAAUCCUGGCCGUAUGGCGAGUUGGUCUGCAAAUUCUCCGAAUUCAUCAAGGACGUUUCCAUCGGGGUUUCCGUCUUCACAUUGACAGCGCUCUCGGCCGAUCGCUACUUUGCGAUUGUGGACCCCAUGAGGAAACUGCAGGGGAGGAGGGCCACCAGGAUCACGUGCAUUUCGAUCGUUGGAAUUUGGAUCAUCUCGAUCGUCUUUGCGGUCCCAUCCAUGCUGAACUCGUUCAUUUGGAGGAUUGAGGAUAAAUCUAACAAUCACACUUACGAGGUCUGCUACCCUUUCCCAUCCGAGCUGGGUCCCACUUACCCCAAGGUCGUCGUGAUGUUUAAAUUCCUCGUCUACUAUGCCAUUCCGCUCGCAUUUAUUGCCACCUUCUACGUAAUCAUGGCUCAUCAUCUCCUCCUCUCCACGAGAAACAUGCCAGGUGAAGCGCAAGGUCAAGCGAAGCAGAUCCAGGCCAGAAAAAAGGUAGCCAAAAUGGUGAUGGCAUUUGUGGUAAUUUUUGCCAUGUGCUUCUUCCCGUCGCACGUAUUCCUCAUCUGGUUCUACUACAAUCCUUCCUCUAUGGAAGACUUUAACGAUUUCUGGCACGUCGUCCGAAUGGUCGGCUUCUGUCUCUCAUUCAUCAACUCGUGUCUCAACCCUAUCACGCUCUACAUCGUGUCCGGCACCUUCAGAAAGCAUUUCAACCGACACCUCUUCUGCUGCUGUUGUCCGCAAGAUGUGCGCGGUCGUGGGGCACGCGGUGGCUAUAACUAUAGCCAGACACAUACGGAACACAUUUGUCAUGACAGAAUUUCACGGAAUGGGACACAAAUAUCGAGAGCAUCCACGGUCGUGGUGGCUGGUGGGACGCCGGGUCGGAGGUCGAUUGCAGCCGGUCUCAACGGCCAACAACCACCCCCAUCACAUUGGCUGCAUCACAAUGAAUCUCAUUUGAAACCUCUCCUCACCACGACUGGGGGUGGAAGAGAAAGCAUCCUCACUGGCGGUGGUGGUGGGAGUAAAAUAUCCCAAAAAAGUGGGGGUGGCGGAGGCGAGGACUUUCCCUUAAACCAUCUCAGCAUGAACGUGUCCUCGAUAAAUGUCGAGACUCGAGGGGGCGGUGAAGCCAUCACGGUCGGCAUGUAAAUUUUCAAAAAGAAUGAAAAGUAUUAUUUCUAUUUUUAUUUUAGUUUACUUUGGUCGGCCAAAAAUAGCGUAUCUUUUUUAAAAACUGUUUCUCACACCAUAAAAAAUUGUGCAUUGUCGUGAAAAUAAUUUUAGGAAUUCAUCAUGGGUCAAAUUUAUAGUGCCCAACCAAAAUUUUUUUUCUUCCAACCAAAAUCAAUGAUUUUCGCAACCUUAAAAUUUGCGACCAAAAGUUUUUAUUUGUCCAACCAAAAUAUAUAACAAUAUAACCAAAAAAUGAAACAUCCAACUAACAUAAUUACGUGAAUUGAAUUAUCAAAUCCUUCGAUUAUAUUUAAAUCUAAAUACGAAGUUCAAAGCAAACAUUUAAGGUAAACCUGUUUUGCCUAUCUCAGGUAUGCAUGACAGGUUCAGUAGCAAAGUAAACUGCAAUCUCAAAUACUCCCUCUCUUCUCUCUAUACAUUUCCAAUAUUGUGUAAUAUUUUACGACUAAAAAUGUCUGAUUUUCAACGUUUAAAUUAUCAAUCCAAUUCCGAAGAAUCCGAGGAAGAUAGUCCACCACCAGCUAAAAAACCAAAACGCAUUCACGAAUGAAAAAGAGUCCAAACGUUUAAGAGUAUUGACGAGGCGAAAUUAUAUGCCAAAAGUGAUGGCCAUUUCCAAUUUAAAUCGACACGAUCGUGCUUCGAAGGGGAAAAACUUUAUUUCAAUUGUAAAACCACUAAUUGUCCCAGCAAGAUUUUUCUUUUCAAACGAAGUAAGAAUGGUAUUUUAUAUUUUGUAGUACUUCGAUUUUAAAUAAAGUUUCGCCCUUAGAUAAUACCUUGGAUGUGGAUUUAUUCGUUACCGAAGCAAAUCAUAAUCAUGAUGGCAUGAAAAUUGUUGGAAUACGGAAGGAAGUCAAAUCAAAAAUUGAGACGCUCUUUGGAAGUGGCAUAACAAAACCGAACCAAAUUAUCUGUCAUCUUCGAAAUGAAGGAUUCGACGUACCUUCAAAAAUGCAGAUAACAAACUUUAUCUCUGUUAUAAGGAAAAAAACUGAACCGGCAAUUGUUUCAAUUGGUCAACUUUGCCAACUUUGUGAAGAAAAUGAAGAUACUCCUGUCGACGAGGAUCAGCCCUUUUUUGUAGGCAAAAUAAUCGACGCUACAGAAAAAAAAUUUCACGUGAUGGCAUCGACCCUCAGGCUUUUAUCAAAUUCUACUAAAAGUAAAGCAUUGCACGCUGAUGCUACUUACAAGUUACUUUUCGAAGGAUUUCCCGUUCUUGUAGUUGGAACAACGGACAAAAACAGGCAUUUCCAUCCUCUGGGAGUCGCCUUAUCAUCUGCUACAUAUAGGGAAAGAGUUCCUUUGCGACAAUUUUUUGGCUGUAUUCUUAAGCUACUACGAAAUUGGUCUCAAGAUAGAUGUCCCGAGUUCCCAAACCCAAAAAUUUUUCAUUUAACACCGUCUAUUUCCAAUUUGUUAAUGUCUGCAUCAUAUACAUGGGCUCGGGAAAAUAAAAGCGUUCGCUUCAAAAGCGUAGAGGAUACUUUAAUCCAGUGUAUUUGUCCAGCAAAUGGUAUGUCAUUACGAAAGGAAGAAAUUGACAGAGUCUUAGGAUUAUUUAUGCGGAUGUCUUGGAAGAAAUUUGAGUCGUAUGCUACUAGUAAAUCGAAAUUAUGGAUUGUUAACUUUAAUUUGUCUAAUUGGAUUACCUCUAGUUGUUCUUGUCCAAUUUUUAAAAAAGAGUAUAUUUGUAAGCAUAUAAUUAGAAUUGGUAUCAUCAAAAAAAUAAUUAAUGUCCCCGAGAAUCUCAAAACCGAUUGCAUCGGAUAUAAACCCAAAAGAGGUCGGAAAAAGAUUGUAGGAAAAGCUUUGGUUGUUGACUAAAUACAAAUGUUUCUCCUAAAUUGUCAAAUUUUUAAAAAAUUUUGUUGUAUUUGAAAAUUUUACUGCCUUAGGUUAAUUAUUCUGCUAUUUAAAUAUUAAAUUAUUUGGUUGUAAAAUUUUACAUUUUGGUUGGAUUAAAAAAAUAAAUUGGUUGCAAAUUUUGAAGUUGCAAAAAUCACUUGUUUUGGUUGGAAGAAAAAAAAUUUUGGUUGGACGGUUAUACUCGCACCCUAUAAAUAUAGAUAUUCAAUUGAUGUUUCUAAAAAACAAUGUAAAAAUAGAUGACAUUUUUCAAUUUCGAAGAAAACUAUGUAUAACUGCCGACAAGGGAAAGUGAGCGUGUGACCUUUGGUGAAAACUAUAUUUAUUUUUUAAAGAGAAAGUGGAGAAAGUUUUGCAUUUGAAAUGAAUGGUGUUGGUUGUUUGAUGUCUCAAUGUUCGUGGGUGGAUAAAUACAUAAAGUAUGGUGCGAAUGAGAUGAUAUGAUACUGAUAUUUGUGGUACUCUCUCUCCUACGUAUUUUUUUGUACCUAUCUAACAAUACACAUGUUACACAUGUUUCUCACGGAUUUUCUUAAAGGUAGGAGUAAAAAAAUCAAGCAACUAAACACAAACAAUAAUUAGUAUGGUAGUUAAUGACUUACAGAAUUCAUGGAUUUAAGGUUUUAAAUUUGGUAAAAACUUUAAUUUUCACUAUGCGAAACUAUACGGGGUCACAUCCCCGCUUUCCGAUGAUGGAAAUGCGCGGUUUAGUCAACUAAGAACCUUCGCCAUUCCGUGAAUUCGGCAGAAGUGCCACACUAACUGUGGUUUUUGUUUAGUUACUUAAUUUUUUAGUGCUGGUUUUAAGAAAAUCCGUGAGAAACAUGUGUGACAUGCGUAUUGUGAGUACGAGACAAGAAGUCACUCUAUAUUCUUGUCAGGAUUGAUUGAACGUGGUGCUAAUCGUAUUUAUACACGUAAUUCUGUACAAUGUGCGUAAUCAUGUUACGUAAUCAUGUUACGUGAUCCACAUUCCUAUUCCUUACCUGUGUAUGUAACAAAGAAUCCGGAGAAAGUUGAUCUAAAUAAAUAUCUGUAAAUUAUAAAUCUUAACAAUUCUUGCUGUGCAAAAAAAUAGUCAGUAAAUACUUUUAAAAUCCAGACUUUAGUACGUAUGUACCUACAUAAAUACAAAAAUAUGUUAAAUGUAUUCUCGUGACCUGUAUGUAUUUAUGUAUUUAUUGAGAGAAUAAAAAAUAUCUAAAUGUUGUUAUCUGUCGUACAAACGAAA